CAUAUGAUUAAGCAAUUUUGUGGCCUGAGACCAAUUGAUUUUAGUUUCUCGGGUCGUAUCGUCGGUGGUCGGGACAGUCAACGCGGUGAAAUACCUUUUUAUGCAACAGUCACAGAGUAUAAAUUUUUCGGCUCUUUGGCAACUAAAAAGUGCGGCGGUGUAAUUAUUGGAUCACAGUGGGUUUUAACUGCAGGUCAUUGUGCCCCAGGCUGGUUUGGGUCACUUAAGGUGACUCUUGGCGAUGCAAGUGACAAGCAAACCGUUUCGGUUAAUCAAACAUUCGUUCAUCCAAAUUUCAACAGAUCUACACUUAAACACGAUAUCGCUCUGUUGAAAUUACAAAAAAACAUUCAAUUUGGUGAUAACAUUCAGCCAAUUUGUCUACCGGAAUCAGGUGAGGAUGAAUUAUUUUAUGGACGAAUGGGAACUGUUUCCGGUUGGGGAAAACUAGAUUUUUCUUUUUUAUCUGUUUGUUGUUAUUGUGUAUUAACACUCAAUAUUUAUCCUUCUUUUUGUUUAUAUACGUUUUCAUCUUUUUUUUCUCUUUCCUCAAUCACAACAGAACCAAACACAAAGAAAUUGCCUGAUAAGCUGCAAGUGACACAAGUUCCGAUGAUAAAGUAUGACAAAUGCCAAGAAUCGUAUUCGGAGUAUAAUAAAGAGGUAAAGAUUCCUGAAUCGUCUUUAUGUGCUGGUUUCCAGGAAGGAGGAAAGGAUGCAUGUUUUGGUGAUUCCGGCGGCCCCUUGAUGAUCAACAUGAAAGGCUAUUGGACGCUUGUUGGUAUUGUCUCAAACGGCAUAAAAUGUGCCCAGCCCAAACUUCCCGGUGUUUACACCAGAGUGAGCUAUUAUCUAGAAUGGAUUGAGAAAACAAUCAAAUGAGAGAGAGAGAGAGAA